AUGGUAACCGAAGAUGGAGUCGAGGAAUGGGUUGAUAAAUCCGGCAUGCCGCCGGGCCUACUUCCUGAGCACAAGGCUUCUGUUGUUCUUUUCCUGGAACGAGUCUAUGGCAUUUCGGAUGCUGAGGUCUUCACGCGGCUUCUCGAGAACGGCUUUCUGCCAGACAUGCGCGCUACCACCCUAUUAGAUUCGGUAAAUACCCCUUUUUCCUCUUUUUUUGGUGUUUGCUGCUGGACUAGCCUUGUUGAGCAGAAGGGCUAUUUCUCUUUGGCUUGCAAUAUGAUAAUUUCCAAUGGAAUUUUACUUAGCAAAUUUGGUUCAGCAUAUAAUAAAGGCAAGUGA